GACAUAUAUAAGAAAGUGUCUAUGCCCAAAGCUCGAGUAAAUGAGCUGGGAGUGAAACAAAUACCAGCCACAAAGUUGUUUUGUCAGCAUCAUGGCCAUGAAUUCGUUAUGUUUGGUGGUGCUCAUGAUGAUCUCCACGGGAUUGGCCCUGAGUGUGCCCGACCUCGAGGCGGUUAGCAAUGAAGUUCCCGAUGGGGGCAAGCUGUGGGCCGUUUUGGUGGCUGGAUCCAUGGGCUACUUCAACUACAGACAUCAAGCAGAUGUUUGCCACGCUUACCAGAUUCUGUCGCGUCAUGGCAUUCCAGAUGAGAAUAUUGUGGUGAUGAUGUUUGAUGAUAUUGCUUAUAACACCAUGAAUCCAACUCCGGGCAAGAUCAUCAAUCGUCCAAACGGAACCAACGUGUACACCGGAGUUCCCCGAGACUAUACCGAAGACGAUAACACACCCGAAAAUUUCUUGAGCGUUCUCAAGGGUGAAAAGCCCACUUCUGGCUCAGGGAAAGUGCUGGGUAGUAAUGAGAAUGACCACGUUUUUGUAUAUUUUGCCGACCACGGUGCUCCUGGUCUCUUGGGCUUCGGAAAUAGCAUUCUCAAAGCCGAUGCUCUCAUUGAUACCCUCCAAGAAAUGAGUGAAAAGAAGCGAUAUAAGAAGCUGGUGUUUUACGUCGAAGCUUGCGAGUCUGGCUCCAUGUUCCAAAAUCUGCUCCCAGAUUCGUGGAACAUAUACGCUACCACAGCAUCCAACGCAACAACGUCGUCGUAUGCCUGCUACUACGAUACAGACUAUCAAACUUUCUUGGGAGAUGUCUACAGUGUCAAGUGGUUAGAAGACACGGACCGGGAAAAUGUCGCCAAGGAGACAUUCGAGAAGCAAUUUAAGAUUGUUAAAAACCAGACAACAACGUCGGAAGUCUGCCAAUUUGGCACAUUGGACUUCGUCAACGAUCAUUUGGCGGAUUUCUUUGGAAACAAGAACACGGCCCCCGAUGAGGAUGCCUGGGAUGGAUUUCCAGACACUUGUGGCGCUGACGCAGUGGAAAGCCAUAUGGUUCCCAUGGUCUCACUUCAGAAUCGGCUUGUCGAGGCUCAAGGUCAAGAAGAGGCAGAUGAGAUUCAGAAGGAAAUGAAUGAGUUGAGUGCUCGUUGGGACACGAUUCGAUCCACCGUUCAGACCAUUGUGAAUUCGUUGGUGGAGAACGACGACGAUUUCCACCAUGUUUGGAGUGGAACUCCCGAGAUUAGCGAGAGAGAGUGCUAUUACGCCGCGAUUGAUACCUUCCAUGAGCAAUGCUACAACUUGGGGCAAGAAUCUUUUGCCAUGCGUCUGGUAUUUACGUUCGCCAACUUUUGCGAAAUGGGCUACAAGACCCAGGACAUUGUGGCUGCCAUUGAGGCCGAGUGCGCCGCUCCUCCGCAGCCUAAAAUUACUCUUGUUUAGAUAGAGCACCGAAACUGAUUGAAGUAGCUAAGCGUCCAACAAUUAAGCGUACAUCAAUAUUGAAGUACUUGCGGCCGCAAAGGCGAUAUCUUUGCAUCCGCCCUUCUGAUUCGCUCGAUAAAUUAUUACAAAUAUAAUCCUUGAGUUUCCAUA